CGCCAUGUCUAUUUACUAACGACUAAUAAUUAUAUAUUAUUAACUAUAACUGAGUGCUUUAACGCUGCAGGCCACGCUAUCCUACUAAUAAUUAUUAUUAAAGGCGACGCGCUCCUUAAGCGCUACUUUACUAAUUUACUAGAUAACUAUCUAAUCGCGUAUAGUUAUAGUAGCUAUAUAAAUAAUUAA